AUGGAAUCACUUUUGGGUCAUUCUUUGGAUGACGAGCUGCGGGCUCGUGUGGCCAGCGGUGUGGCCAGCAGUGUGGCCAGCAGUGUGGCCAGCAGUGUGGCCAGCGGUGUGGCCAGCAGUGUGGCCAGCGGUGUGGCCAGCAGUGUGGCCAGCAGUGUGGCCAGCAGUGUGGCCAGCAGUGUGGCCAGCAGUGUGGCCAGCGGUGUGGCCAGCAGUGUGGCCAGCAGUGUGGCCAGCAGUGUGGCCAGCAGUGUGGCCAGCAGUGUGGCCAGCGGUGUGGCCAGCAGUGUGGCCAGCGGUGUGGCCAGCAGUGUGGCCAGCAGUGUGGCCAGCAGUGUGGCCAGCGGUGUGGCCAGCAGUGUGGCCCGCAGUGUGGCCAGCAGUGUGGCCAGCAGUGUGGCCCGCAGUGUGGCCAUGAGUGUGGCCAGCGGUGUGGCCAGCAGUGUGGCCAGCAGUGUGGCCCGCAGUGUUGUAUUGUUGACAGGUUAUGAGGUCCGAAAAGUCGUCACAACCUCGAGUCCGUCACAACCUCGAGUCCGUCACAACCUCGAGUCCGUCACAACCUCGAGUCCGUCACAACCUCGAGUCCCUCACAACCUCGAGUCCCCCACAACCUCGAGUCCGUCACAACCUCGAGUCCGUCACAACCUCGAGUCCGUCACAACCUCGAGUCCCUCACAACCUCGAGUCCCUCACAACCUCGAGUCCGUCACAACCUCGAGUCCGUCACAACCUCGAGUCCCCCACAACCUCGAGUCCGUCACAACCUCGAGUCCGUCACAACCUCGAGUCCGUCACAACCUCGAGUCCGUCACAACCUCGAGUCCCUCACAACCUCGAGUCCGUCACAACCUCGAGUCUCUCACAACCUCGAGUCCCCCAAAACCUCGAGUCCCCCACAACCUCGAGUCCGUCACAACCUCGAGUCCCUCACAACCUCGAGUCCGUCACAACCUCGAGUCCCUCACAUGA